UGGAGCCAUGAUGCAGACAUAGACACAGUCCAGAGGUCCAGAACUGAGAAGGUUCUGCUGUUCUCAGCUCAUUGUAGAACCACGUUCAUGCAGUCAGACUGAUGGAAACCACAGCUGGAAUCAGUUUAGUUUCACUGAUCACAGCUGGAUUGACUUUGGUUGCUUUGAGUUUCUACUUUAUGGAUUUUCAGUGAUCCCUAUAAACUGUCCAUCAGAGGAAAUUAAUGCUUGUUAUGGGAUUUUGGGCCCAGCCUACUUUUCCCAUCAUGCCUCUCAUCACCUGAAAGGAAGUGAAUCUGUUGGUUUUGUCUCCCUCUGCUGGUCAAACAGAAAACAACAGCUGAAAAACACAAAAAGUUCAAAAGUACAUCAUGUGAGUUUGUGCUCCUGCGUCUCUGUAUCAUGUUUCAGCUUCAUGUGUCUGCAGACGGUUCAAUAUUGAACUUUAUUGAACAUAAACGGGUAAAAGUUCUGCUCUUGACUUUGCCUGAGCAGACUCUACUGUUCAACAGAUACGUGGUGAGAAAUGUGGUGUUCCAGAGUGCGAGCGUGAGGGAGUAAAGGUGGUAAACUCUGGGAGAAGGACAUGACGGACUAUUUAUAAAACUCUGAAACGGGAGCCUCAGCAUGUGUUUCUGUCCGUCAGGCUGCUCCGUCGGCCGGUGGACUCAGUGUGCUGCUUUCUCUUUCACUGCUCCAUAUCCUGUCUUUCCCGGACCGGGAAUCGUUGUCCUGUGGAGUUUCUCGGGGUUUGACUCACCUGUGAGGUGAAGCAGAGUCUCACCCUUCCUCCCCCUCACCCUCUCGGACCUCCACUUUCCUCCAGCUUUUGGGGAUUUUUAUUCUUUUUUCUUGCCGUGUGGUUGCCUGCUCUGCUGUGGGCGUCCUUCCUUUUCCCCAGAUCUCCUUCUCCUUCUCCUCCCUCCGUCCUCCGGUUUGUGGGCGAUGCUCUCCUCACCCACUGUGAUCCUCCAGCCCUACGGACUCCCCGUCUACCCACAGACUACCACAUGCUACCCCAGCAUAGUCCAGGGGGGCCCCUCCCAGGAGGCGGGCCCCGGCAGCGCUGACCCCGCCUUGCCCCAGGUGUAUGCCCCGCCCCCCUCCUACCCUCCACCUGGUCAGGGACCCCCGUCGGCGGCGGGCCGCCUGCCGGCUCUGGACUUCGGCUCGGCCCACGGCAGCUCCGAGUAUCCAGAACACCCCCAGCUCCGGGUCUACCCGGGCCCCCAACACGACAGCACCGACGCCCUGACGUCCAGCGGCUCGGAGGACGCCUUGGCGCCGGUGACCUCCGACCCCCAGAGCCUCAGCGUGUCGUCGGGGGGCGGAGCAGGAAGUGGGAGCGAGGAGGAGGGCUCAGGUAAGGCCCAACCCAAACGCCUCCACGUCUCCAACAUCCCGUUUCGCUUCAGGGACCCGGACCUCCGCCAGAUGUUCGGGCAAUUUGGCAAGAUCCUCGACGUGGAGAUCAUCUUCAACGAGCGAGGGUCAAAGGGCUUCGGGUUCGUCACCUUCGAGAGCGCCACCGAGGCCGACCGGGCGAGAGAGAAGCUGAAUGGAACCAUCGUCGAAGGAAGGAAGAUCGAGGUGAAUAACGCCACCGCCAGAGUCGUCACCAAGAAGCCUCAGACGCCUCUGGUGAACGGAGACAUUUCAACUUCUGGGUGGAAGAUCAACCCCGUCAUGGGCGCCAUGUACGCACCUGAGCUCUACACAGUCGCCAGUUUUCCGUAUCCGGUAGCGACGCCCACGUUGGCCUAUCGGGGCUCGGCGCUGCGAGGUCGAGGUCGGGCCGUCUACAACACGAUUCGCUCAGCUGCAACCACGCCUGCUGCUGUCCCCGCCUACCCCGGGGUUGUGUAUCAGGACGGACUGUACGGAGCAGAAGUCUAUGGCGGUUAUCCGGCAGCGUACAGAGUCGCUCAGUCGGCCUCUGCAGCCACAGCGACCUACAGUGACGGAUAUGGACGAGUUUAUGCCACAGCUGCAGAUCCAUAUCACCACUCAGUCGGACCGACGACGACGUACGGAGUCGGUACCAUGGCCAGUUUGUACCGAGGAGGCUACAACCGCUUCACGCCCUACUGAGCGUCUCUGAGCGGUGGAGCGACGCUGCAGGUCAUCGGACCUCGAACCUCAGAGAAGCUGGAGCGGUCGGAGCCUCCACCGUCUCCUGCAGAGACCCGACAGACUGAAGCUCCUGCUGGAGAACUCGUGUAACUUAUAGUCAGCCGUUAGAGCUUUACUGAUGCUGGUGGAAGAUACUGUGAGACUGUGUGUUUAGUGUCUGGGACUGUUCAGGGGUCGAGAAGAGGUUUUGUACGGCGUUCUGAUGGCAGUUAUUCACUGUUUGAGCGUGUGUGUGUGUGUGUGUGUGUGUGUGUGUGUGUGUGGACGUGUGAGGUGAUAAAUCAUCUGUAUUCUGAGACGCUGUUUGUCAGGAUGUUCUCUAGUCGUUGCCUUUCUAACAAUCUACCUCUCGUAGCUUUAGAUGUUCACCAGCGUCUCCACUAAUCCGUCCACGAGUCCGAUCGGUUCCCUCCUCGGUGCCUCGUUCCUCCUGAACCCAUCCAGGGAACCGUUGGUUGUUUUUGCUCCUGAGUCUAGUUUUCUGACCACCGGCUGCUUCUUUGUCCUGAUCUCGUUCUGUUUCCACCUCAGACCUGUUGAUUCUUUUCUGCUUUGUUUGACGUUUACCUCUAAAUAAACUCUUUUUCCUGCUCUUUU